CGCUAAAGCGGAGCUCUCGCGCGGAGUGCAGCAGCGAGAUUUCCCAGCCAGCAGUGUGCGCGACAGAGACAAGGAAGAUGGCGACGCAGGAGAGCGAAGCAGUUCAAGCCACCGUGAGCAACGGCGAGGUAAGCAGCAAUGGAACUGCUGCAACAACAGAUGGCCAAGCCGUGCAGACGGCUGGAAAUGCACAGGACCCUCAGCAGCAGCAGCAGCAGCAGCAACAAGCACCUAAUGCAUGGCAGGUCAUUAAAGGAGUCCUCUUCAGAAUCUUCAUAAUCUGGGCAAUCAGUAGUUGGUUUCGUAGAGGGCCAUCCACGCCUGACCCCAACACCCCAGCAGGAGCACCAAGGGUGCCCAGCAGGAACCUCUUCCCCAAGGACACCCUCAUGGACCUGUAUGUGUAUGUCUCCCAGGAGGAGGUGUUCUCUGACUUCAACAACACGGAGGCCCUGUUCUGGUUCCACAGGGACCUCGUCUACGGAGACUGGACCAUGGGGGACAACGGGGAUGGCUGCUAUGAGCACUACAAGGACAUGGCCAUCCCAGAGAAGGUGCAGCAGAAUGGCUCCCUUUACAUACAUGUCUAUUUCACUAAAAGUGGAUUCCACCCAGACCCUAAACGCAAGGGGCAGUAUCGCAGACUGGCAACAGUUCAUGCAUCACGAAUGCUGAAUAAAUACAAGCGCAGAAAGUUUCUGAAGACCAAGAAUCUCCUGACAGGAGAGACAGAAGCCGAUCCCGAGAUGAUCAAGCGGGCAGAAAGCCACGGUCCAGUGGAGAUCAUCUCUCAUUGGCACCCCAACCUCACCAUCAACAUGGUGGAUGACCACACAGCCUGGGUGAAAGGCUCGGUUCCUCCUCCACUAGACCAGCAUGUUAAGUUUGAUGCAGUGAGCGGUGAUUAUUACCCCAUUGUGUACUUCAACGACUACUGGAACCUUCAGAAGGACUAUUACCCCAUCAACGAGACUCUGCAGUACCUGCCACUGCGCCUCACCUACUGCCCGCUGUCUUUGUGGCGCUGGCAGCUGUACGCCGCCCAGAACGCUCGCUCACCAUGGAAUUUCCUACCUGAGGACACCUACGAGCAGUCCGAUGAAGACCAAGACACUGUCAAGGUGGCCCUUCUGGAAACCAACCCAUACCUCUUGGGACUAACCAUUGUUGUCUCCAUUGUGCACAGCAUCUUUGAAUUCCUCGCCUUCAAGAAUGAUAUUCAGUUUUGGAACAGCCGACAGUCUCUGGAAGGCUUGUCUGUGCGCUCCAUCAUCUUUGGGGUGUUCCAGUCACUCGUGGUGCUGUUGUACAUCCUGGAUAAUGAGACCAACUUUGUGGUGCAGGUCAGCGUCUUCAUCGGCCUUCUCAUUGACUUGUGGAAAAUCACCAAGGUCAUGGACGUCAGAUUGAACAGAGAGAACAAAAUUGCCGGGAUAUUCCCACGAUUGGUAUUCACAGACAAAUCUACAUAUGUUGAGUCCUCGACCAAAAUCUACGAUGAUAUGGCCUUCAAGUACCUGUCAUGGAUUCUCUACCCUCUGUUUGGCUGUUAUGCAGUCUACAGUUUAUUGUAUGUAGAGCACAAAGGCUGGUACUCAUGGGUACUCAGUAUGCUCUACGGCUUCUUGUUAACCUUUGGUUUCAUAACAAUGACGCCACAGCUAUUCAUCAACUACAAAAUGAAGUCUGUGGCCCACCUCCCGUGGAGGAUGCUCACCUACAAGGCGCUCAAUACCUUUAUUGAUGACCUGUUUGCCUUCGUCAUCAAGAUGCCCAUGAUGUACAGGAUAGGAUGCCUCAGAGAUGAUGUGGUAUUCUUCAUCUACCUAUACCAGCGCUGGAUCUAUCGGGUCGACCCCAACCGGGUCAACGAGUUUGGUACCAGUGGUGUAGACCAUGCCAAGGACAACACGGCAGAGGGAGAGACUGCUCCCGCCGCGGCUGCAGCCAUCACAGACAAACCAGAGGGGGAGAAGAAGAACGAUUAAGACAGGCCAUGCACCUAUCUGCCUCCCUUGCCCUCACUCCUGGGGCAAAGAGGACUUGUGGAAUCCAGGCAGGGUCAAACGUCCGUUUGCCAGGGAGGGGAGUCAUUGUUUAGCUGUCAUGGACACCGCUACAAAAAAAGAAAAAAAAAAUCAGUUCAACUCUCCCUCUGAUUUCUGUGUGGGGAUCCACAGCGAAUCAUAUUCAGUGUAGACUUCAUAAAUUCAUAAUUCUGUUCCCCAUCCAUCCCCACCCUCUCGUUUUGCAGUUCAAGUGAAGUAAAACAAAAUGUGAUGUACUGUAUUCUAUAUGAUUUUGAGAGGGUAACAAUGUUUUGGAGUAGAAGUUGGGUGGGGGACGGGUUGCAGUUCUACUACAUAUCAUUUUUUUUUUUUAAUAAUACAGGGAAAAAAGAGGCCAAGUGCAACUUUUGUUCUGUCUGUAGAUUCCUUGUGAUUUUUUUUCUUUUCAUUCCAUGUGAGCAACGUGUUUUGGGUUGCCUGGAAACUGGUGAGUAGUGCCAGAGGAAACUGGAAAGUUCCUGAGCCACAGUGGAGGCCUAGAAGAGAGGUGGUAAAUGGAGCCAAGAUGGAUGACCCUGUCUAAACGCUACCCACAACACAGUGACUACUACCCUCAGUUUUAAACAAAUGGUUGAUGUUCCAAACUUCAACAGAAAAAAAGAUAACGGCCUUGUUGGUAUUAAUAUAAAUAUAUUAAUAUUGUCAAUGACUUGAUUUUUUUUUUCACUGAAUCUUUCUUUUGUAUGUCCUGAAACUGUACAGAAUCUCAGCUUGUCAUGUUAAUAAUACCGAUGUCAAACUGUCUAGCAAUAGCUAAUUUGAAAGUCUUUUUAUUUUCCCCUGCUGAAUUUAAGGUUUUCAAAUUGUUUCGCGUUUACGAUCCAAGCCAGAUACUGAGAGUCAGGUGUGUAUGGAAGAAUUACAGUGUCUCUCUUGCUUUUAUUUUGGGUGCUGUAAAUUCUGAAACAAAGAGGGUUCCAUGUUGGUAAAUAUUAAAUUUUGAGCACUCAUGUUUAUAGUAAAACAUCAGUGUGAUUUAAAAUGUCUGUGCAUAACUUUUUUUUUUUUUUUUUAAAUGUUUAUUAACUGUAUUACUCAUUCGAAGAUGAGGACCACCUAAAGGAGAUCUUUAAUUGUCCCUGGAGCCCUGUGCUUGUUGAUUUUGAGGGAAAUGCAGGUUUGCCAGUGCCCUUAAACAGUGGCUACUUGUUUUGUGUUCAUCCCCAGAGUUAGAUGGUUGGAACUGGUUCAGUUUCUGUGAGGACAGACAAAAGUUGGAGAAACAUUUCUGUAAAAUAGAGUUGUGCCUAAUAGAAUGAAGAACUGUGUUUUUCCACCUGCAAAUUGUCCCCUUAGUAUUUAGCGGUGGAAAGAGGACCAGAAAUUUCUGCUCAUGUGGGAGUACUGUUACUUUACUGAUAGUUUACUUAAAAAGUAGAAGUGCUACUG